CUCCAGGUCUGCAGUGGCGGCCUCUACUUGUUCUUUUAUAUAACCAAUUCAUGUAGAUUCCAUUCAUGCCCUCAUGACCCCCUAUGACAACUCCGGAUGUCUUUCGAGAUGCGGAAUACAUCGCUGACGUAUCCGGCAUCCCGUAUGAAGGCGUCGCGGACCUCGCCGGUCGACGGUCUGCGACUGAUGGCCGCUUCAAGAAAGUGCAAUCGGCAGCCAAGGUCGCGUUCAUCGAUCGGUUACUUCGCGACCUUGAUGUCCUGAUAUACUGCCAGCUUUCCGCACUGUAUUACAUGGAUUGUUCGAUCGUACUUUUUGCAAUCCGUGCUAUUGUGCAGUUGAUAUUCUUCACUCCCAAGGCGCCUCCCUUUGACCCGACGCGGAACCAACCAUUCAUCGGGGCUAUCUUCAUCAGUAAUGCAUUCUGUAUGAUUCAUCACAAGUUCUUCGGUCAAGCAGAGGCCGGAGAAGCAACGAGGGGGUAUUUACAUGGGGGAUUAUUGAUAGACUUUAUUGGGCAAAAGGCUCCCGUUUCAGUAACCCGGCUUCUAUUGUCUGACCUGCUUGUGCUGGUCCUCGACCUGGUGAUGUUGGGUCUGGUUGUUGAACGUGUUAAGACGACAGAAGCGAGUGCCCCCGUGUCGACUAUAUCCGGUGUAAUAGAGACACCGAACGAGCAAGAUCAUGAUUCCGAGGAGCGCGGCGUUCUUAACAAUACCUCGAAUCGGCCUACCAGUGAUGGAAUAGAGCUUGACGAGUUACGUCCGCGGGUCGAAUGUACGGACAUUACCCCGGACGAGCAAUUGGAGCACACAGAGCUAUUAGCGGAUCCUUCGGAAAGCGGACACGUAUCUAGCGCUAGGAAUAGCCACGCCUUGGAUACGUUUUCCUCCGGUGAAGCAGUGAUCAUGGACCUUGGGUUCUUUGGUAUCAUUCGGGAUCAAUGGCGUUAUAGCCCAGCUGUGGCGAGGCGAACAUCUCCUUAUGUACCCUCCGACCAAACGUCUACUUUCCUUCGCCAACGGUUUGGGUUGCAAGUCAACUCCGAGGGGCGCCUCGAAAGGGUAGCGACCUGAUCCUUUGUACCCCUUCUGCUUGUAUUCAUCAGGCUUGGGUCUGGGCUGUUCUCCGAUGUAAAUAUAAUAUCAAUACAUAAUCAGUGCUGAAGAUCAACGCUCCGAAUACCGCACUGCAUAUCCCAUUCGCAAGAGUGCUUUUUGCGAG